AUGGCCGAUAAAAAGAAGGACGAGGAGGACGAUGAGGACGAUAGAUUGGAGUUUCUCCUCAACUAUAUGGUCAAGUCCUACAAGCUAAAGCAGGAAAAAUGGAAUAAAAUGAUGGCAGAUGCUGAAAGCAAGAGAACUAUUAUGAAAUUUUUAAACAAUCCAGAUGAAAAAAUGCUGAUUAUGACGAUACCCAACAGUGGCCUUCUCACACCCUACUUAACGUUCAACCCAAAUAUCAAACAGAAGUACACCUACUUCAUCAGGACAAAGCGUGAAGAUUUAACCAUGCAAAACUUCAGAGAUGUGGUAACAUUCGGCGAUAUGGCGGGCAAACCCAUCGACGAAUUGUCCGUGCUCCUCGAAGGAGUCUUUAAUCCGUUGCUAACGUUCCCGGGCAAUCAAAAGUCGUGGCCCAGAGUGGUCGCGAAGGAUGUCAUGCAACACGUGCAGGACUUCAAGAAUUCAGUGGAACAGAUACGUGGAGCUAUGAGGAGUCAAACGGUAUUGACAAUGCCGGUAGACAUACAUUUGGUACAUCAAGCGGUUAUUGACUUUGAGCACGGCGGGGAAACUGAUUUGCAACUCAAAGCUUGUUUAGAAAGCUCCGUCUCCAAAUGGUUAAAUACUAUUAGUGACGUCUUGAAACAGUCCCCCGAUAUGGCUUUCGCCAACAAUGCCAAACCUAAUCCUAGAGUAGAAGUUGAAUUUUGGAAUCACAGAAAAACUAAUCUGUGUUCGAUUUACGACCAACUGAGGGACCCGCGUGUAAAGAAAAUGGCAGAAUACCUGGAAAUGACCAAUAGCGUUUACACAAAAGCCUACAGUUCGAUGUACAAAAACGUCAUAGCUGCGUACGUAGAAGCCAAAGAAAUAUGUUUAUAUCUUAAGCCGCUGGACAAACACAUCAGAAAGUUUGACGAAGAACUUUUGGAGUGCGGUCAUGACAUAAAACCGCUGCUUCAUUGCUUGGGAAUGAUCUGGGGCAAUUCUAAAUAUUACUGCUGCAGUGAACGUAUGGUGGUUCUAAUGAAACAAAUAGCAAAUAUGUUAAUCGAAUCAGCUGAGCGUUCCCUUGAUCCCGGCUCGAUAUUCCAAGGAGAGCCCGAUGAAACUUCCAUCAAAAUUAUUAAGGUUAUAAGAAUAUUUGAAAAUUUCCUUGCCAAUUUUGAAUAUGUACGAAACAACUUAGUUAAUUAUUUCCCUAAAAAGGAGACAUCUGACGUAAAACGCGGAAGUAUGAAACAAAAGGGCAAAGGAAAAGAAAAGGGUAAAGAGAAAGACAAGGGAAAAGAUAAAGGUAAAGGAAAGGAUAAAGAUAAGAAAAAAACUAAAUCAAAAGGAUCCGGGAAAGUUUCUGAACCUGAGGAUGUUGAAGAUGAAGAGGAGUUUGAGCCCAAAGGUUGGAAUUUUCAUAGAAGAGUCGUAUUUCAACGAUUGCUUGAUUUAAUAGAACGUCUCAAAAUAGUCAAUGGGGUUCUGAAAACUAAUUUGGAGUACAGUAAAUUAGAAAAAGUAGAAAUUGGAGGCGUUGGCGGUAGAUAUUUGUCACAAAAAUGUGAAGAAAUCCUCGAUCAAUUUAAUAAGAGUUACAUGACAUUUAGUAAUAUUCAGUAUGAUGUUCUUGAUACUGAAGAUGAUACCAUAUUGAAAGAAAUCGACACCUUUUACAAAGAAGUAUACGAUUAUGACAACAGAUUAGCCGCCAUUUUUACUUCUGCAUUUAAAGAUUGUUAUACAUUGGAGAGUAUUUUUAAAUUUCUUAUAGUGGUGGGUGCAUUAAUAGACAGACCUCAAAUAAAUAGUCAACUGAAAGCUGAAUUGAAAAAAAUUCUGGACACAUUCGAUGAAGAAUUAGAUACCGUUAAAGGAAUUUACGAUAAAAGAAUGUUCACCACUGGCAUACCCGUAGACAAAAAUUACCCCCCUGUCGCAGGCACUAUAUUGUACCUCGAUAAGUUAGAAAGAAGAAUUAGUAAACCGGGUGAAGAGUUUCGAGUCCUCGAUUUUGAAAUUGUGCAGUCAGAUUAUGGAAAAAACAUUGUUAAGAAAUAUGAAGAGAUGUUAAGUUUAAUAAAAGCUGCCAAAGAAAAGUUCUUCAUGGAAUGGGCGGCCCAGGUACCGGCAAUUGUUGAAGCUGGCAUGGAGAAAUUCCAAUUGAAAAAAAUACGUGAUGGACAGCUCAUGGUUAACUUUGACGAUGAACUUGUGGAGUUAUUACGAGAAAUAAAAUAUUUAAAGCAUCUGAGUUUACCAAUCAUCCCUCCGGAAGGCGAAGAAAUAUUUGAGAAAUACAAUGAUCUUCUAUAUAGUAGAAUGAAGCAUAAGAGAAUUGUGGAGUGGUACAAUUACUUGAAGCUUGAGACUCUGGAUGUUGAAUAUAAUUUAAUUGAAGAUGAAAUAGAGCAAAUUGACACAUUAUUGAAUACAGCUAUUGAAGAAAUGACUUGGUAUACUAAUGAUAUGCAGCAAGUUGCUGUAAUGUAUGAAACUGUUCAACAGUUAAUGGACAGAGUAAGACAAGCACAAGAUUUGGUAGAAAAAGUUGUAGUUAAUAUGGAUGAUUGGUGUUCCAUUCCUCUCUAUCAAAGGAAAGAGGAAAAGAAGGAAAACUUACUUAGUUUGGAAAAUCGAUUUGAAAUCUUCCAUCAUCGCAAGCAACACAUACUGGCAACUUCGGCUGAAUUUCAAAACGUAGUCGUAACUAAUUACGUUCUCUUUAUGAAUGUAGUGGAAACUCCUGAAGAAGAGGAAGAGGAGGUGGAAGAAGAAGAAGAACCAGAUUCUCCAGAAAAACAAAAAAAGAAAAAAGGUAAAGGAGUAGAAAAAGAAGCUGAAAGUAAAGACGCCAAAGGAAAAGGUAAAGUCAAAGAUAAAAAACCUAAACCUAAAAAAGUCGAGGUAGAAAAAACUGAAUCGGAAAUAUUGAGAGAACAAGAGGAAAUUGCUAGAAAGGAGGAAGAAAUUCGAAAGCGUGAACUUAAAGAUCAACGAUGGUUAGAAUAUCUUGACUAUUUGGACUCGCUUAUAGUGCGUUUUUUGAAUAAAGCCAUUUCAGUCAGUCUAGUAGAAUUUCAAAAUGAAAUGGGAAAUGUAACUCCUGUUUUACCAUUUAUUGAAGCGAUUAUGGAACUCCAUGAAACUAAAAUAGUGUUUAUACCUUCCGCUGAUAUUGAGGAGACAGAUAGUUUAUACACUUUGUUUCAAAACUUAAUGGGAGACAUGUAUGCUAUGUCACAUUUUAUAUAUAGAGUAAAAGAAGCUCACAAGAAUUUUCUGGAAUUCGUUGAGGAGGACGAUAAUAAUUUAGAUAAAUAUCGAGAUAUUCUUGCAAAGGUAGCAAAAGAGAUGGAUAGUGCCAUGGGAAUAUUAAAAGAGUUUGAAGAAUAUGCUCCGUUAUGGAAUGAUGACCGACAAGAAUAUCUUCGACAGUUUCUAGUAUAUGGGAGAUCUCUAACCGAAGAAGAACUAGAUAUGCUUAACAACGAAGCGACUGCUGGCAAUGUAAAGGAAACUCAUCCUACAAUUCUAAUGUUUAAAGAAAAAAUUGAUUAUUAUGAAAAUUUGUACAUACAAGUGGAUAAAAUGAAUACUACGAGAAUUAUGCCAGGAGGCUGGCUGAGAAUAGAUAUGCGUCCUCUUAAACAAGCUAUUUUAAAUCACAUAUGCAAGUGGGCAAAUUUGUUUAAACAACAUUUAUACCAUCGCGUAAUUGACAGUUUGAGUGAACUUGAGAAUUUUAUAGCGGAGUCUAUCAAAACCAUGCAAGUAACACUAACCGAAGAUGAUUAUGAUGGUUUGCUCAAAGUAAUGAGUGUAUUGUAUCAAGUAAGGGAGAGACAGAUAGCUACUGACGAGAUGUUUGAUCCAUUGUGGGAUAUUAUAAACCUUUUAAAAGAAUAUAAUAUGGAAUUUACUGAAGAUGUAUAUGUGCAGUUACAAGAAAUGCCAGAUAAAUGGGCUUACUGUAAAAAGGUCGCCGCAACCACCAAACAAAUUGUUGGUCCUCUACAAGCUAUGCAAUGUACGGCCAUCAAGAGACGAAUCAGUCUAUUCGAGAUUAGACAAAACGUAUACAAAGAUUAUUUCAAGAAGCUUCAAUUCUAUUAUUGGGACUGCAAAGAUGUCUAUAAGAUACUAGACAAAUGUAACAAAGAAAUAUUAAGCAUGGAAGACGAGUUAAGUAAAAUCCAAGAGCAGGCAAAUCUUUUUGAUUUAGUCCUUCCCGAGUUUAAAAACCUAAAAUUCGUCAGAAAAGAAGUAAAGCAAUUAAAACAAUUAUGGGAUUACGUAAAUAUGGUAAGGUCAAACCUGGAAGAAUGGAAAAAGACUUUAUGGAGGAAAAUAGAUGUAGAGGCCAUGGAGAUGGAAUGCAAGAAAUUUGGAAAGGAAAUUCGUCAAAUGGACAAGGAGGUGAAAGUGUUUCCGGUUUACGCCGAUUUGGAAGCAAGCAUUAAGAACAUGUUGACUUCAUUAAGAGCCAUCACUGAGUUACAAAAUCCGGCAAUCAGAGAUCGUCACUGGAUACAACUUAUGCAGGCCACCAAGGUGCGGUUUCAAAUGGACGACUCAACAACUCUCAACGACUUACUCGAGCUCAAUCUGCAUAAAUAUGAAGAGGAAGUUAAAACUAUUGUUGAUAAGUCUGUUAAAGAAAUGGCAAUGGAAAAAGUUCUUAAAGAAAUACAUGCUGUUUGGGCAGCAAACGAAUUUUCUUCCGAAGUGCACGAAAGGACGAAGUUAAGACUGAUAGUGGUUGCUGAGGAAAUAAUAGAAAAUCUAGAGGAGCAUCAAGUGGCAUUGCAAAAUAUGAUGACCUCUAGGUUCAUAGACCAUUUCUAUGAAGAAGUUUCUGAUUGGCAAAGAAAACUGGCCAUUGUGGACACAGUUACUUCUGUAUUUGUUGAAGUUCAAAGAAAAUGGAGAUAUCUGGAAAGUAUAUUUAUUGCCUCUGAAGAUAUUAGAAGUCAGCUCCCAGAAGACUCAAAACGAUUUGAUAAAAUUGACAGAGAUUUUAAAGAUGUGCUUCACCAAAUGCUUAGUAAUCCUAAUAUAAUAAAAUCAACGAAUGCACCUGGACUUUCUGAGAAGCUUGAAAAUCUUUUCAACGAUUUAACACUUUGCGAGAAAGCUCUAAAUGACUAUUUGGAAACGAAGCGAUUAGUAUUUCCAAGGUUUUAUUUCGUGUCUUCCUCAGAUCUACUUGAUAUUCUGUCCAAUGGCAAUCAGCCAGAGCUUAUUCAAAGACACUUAUCGAAACUCUUUGAUUCUCUUGCUAAACUUAGUUUUAUACAAGAAGGUGGCAAAAAUACUAAAAGAGCCAAUGGUAUGGUAUCCAAAGAAUUGGGGGAACACGUGAAGUUUUCUGUUGUAUGUGAUUGUACAGGAAAAGUUGAAGUUUGGCUUAACAGAGUUAUUGACUCUAUGAGAAUUACCCUACAUUCAAUUUUUGCUUCAGCUGUUAUUACGUAUGAAGACAAACCCAGGGAGCUUUGGAUUUAUGACUAUCCUGCCCAACCAGCUCUAUGUGGUACACAAAUCUGGUGGACUACGGAAACAAAUAUGGCUUUUGCAAAGUUAGAAGAGGGAUACGAAAAUGCUUUAAAAGACUACCAGAGAAAACAAAUUGCACAGCUAGGAGCACUCAUAACAAUGUUACUGGGAGACCUUACACCUGGAGAUCGUCAAAAAAUUAUGACAAUUUGUACUAUCGACGUACAUUCAAGAGAUGUAGUUGCUAAAAUGAUCCAGAUCAAAGUAGAAAACUCCCAAUCAUUUCAAUGGCAAUCCCAGCUUCGUCAUCGUUGGGAUAAAAAAAUAAACGAUUGUUUUGCCAAUAUUUGUGAUGCACAGUUUCGAUAUUCCUACGAAUAUUUAGGAAAUACACCACGACUGGUGAUAACUCCCCUUACUGAUCGUUGUUACAUUACUCUGACCCAAAGUCUCCAUCUCAUUAUGGGAGGAGCACCUGCUGGUCCAGCUGGAACUGGAAAGACUGAAACCACAAAAGACCUGGGAAAAGCUCUGGGCAUGAUGGUAUAUGUAUUCAACUGUUCAGAACAGAUGGAUUACAAAUCCAUUGGAAAUAUCUAUAAGGGUCUCGCACAAACUGGAUGUUGGGGAUGCUUUGAUGAAUUUAAUAGAAUUUCUAUUGAGGUGCUCUCUGUAGUUGCUGUACAGGUGAAGUCAAUUCAGGAUGCUAUUAAAUUGAAGAAAACCAGAUUCUUCUUCUUGGGGCAAGAUAUUAUACUUAUUCCGACUGUUGGUAUAUUUAUCACAAUGAAUCCUGGUUAUGCAGGAAGGACAGAGUUGCCAGAAAAUUUAAAAGCCUUGUUUAGACCUUGUGCUAUGGUAGUACCAGAUUUUGCACUUAUUUGUGAAAUUAUGUUGGUAGCUGAAGGAUUUCUGGAAGCCAGAGUCCUAGCCACCAAAUUUAUAACCCUAUAUACGCUUUGCAAGGAAUUGUUAAGCAAACAAGAUCACUACGAUUGGGGUUUAAGGGCAAUCAAAUCUGUAUUAGUAGUAGCAGGAUCGUUAAAACGUGGAGACAGACUGAGGCCUGAGGAUCAAGUUCUCAUGAGAGCACUGAGAGAUUUUAACAUUCCCAAAAUUGUCACUGAUGAUGUCCCAGUUUUUAUGGGACUAAUUGGAGAUUUGUUUCCCGCAUUGGAUGUACCAAGAAAGAGAGAUCCUGAAUUUGAGAAGACUAUUAAGAAGUCUGCUGUAGAUUUAAAAUUGCAACCAGAGGAUGGGUUCGUGUUAAAAAUUGUACAAUUGGAAGAAUUGUUUGCUGUGCGACAUUCAGUAUUCGUAAUUGGGUUUGCUGGUACUGGUAAAUCCAUGGUAUGGAAAACUUUAAAUAGGACAUACCAAAAUCAGAAGAGAAGACCAGUUUAUAAUGACUUAAAUCCUAAAGCUGUAACUAAUGAUGAACUUUUUGGUAUUAUCAAUCCAGCGACCAGAGAAUGGAGAGAUGGUUUAUUUUCUGUUAUUAUGAGGGACCAAACGAAUAUUCCUGGAGAUGGUCCAAAAUGGAUUGUACUAGACGGUGACAUAGAUCCUAUGUGGAUUGAAUCUUUGAAUACCUUGAUGGAUGACAACAAAGUAUUAACUUUGGCCAGUAACGAAAGAAUUGCCUUAACCCACUCUAUGAGGUUACUGUUUGAAAUAUCUAAUUUAAGAACUGCUACUCCAGCCACAGUAUCAAGAGCUGGUAUCUUAUACAUAAAUCCUGCUGAUUUGGGAUGGAACCCUUUUAUAUCCUCAUGGAUUGAUACAAGGCCAAUACAAAGUGAAAAAGCUGUUCUCUCGAUUUUGUUUGAUAAAUAUAUUCCGCAGUGCUUGGAUGCAAUGAGAAAGAAAUUUAAAAAGAUAACUCCAAUAUCUGAUAUUGCACAUUUGGAAAUGUUAUGUCAUUUACUGGACAGUUUUCUUACUCCACAAAAUGUACCAACAGACUGUCCAAAAGAAUGGUAUGAAAUUUAUUUCGUCUUUUCUAUAAUUUGGGCAUUCGGCUCAACACUUUUCCAAGAUCAAAUUGUGGAUUGGAGAAAUGAAUUUAGUAAAUGGUGGGUGAGUGAAUUCAAGACUGUCAAAUUUCCAUCUCAAGGCACUGUGUUUAAUUAUUUUAUUGAUGAAGAAACCAAAAAAUUUCUUCCAUGGACCGAACUUGUCAGAUCUUUUGAAUUGGAUCCUGAUAUACCAUUACAAGCUACAUUAGUAAGUACUGCAGAAACAACAAGACUGAGAUUUUUCUUGGAUCGUUUAAUGGCUAGAAGAGUUCCUGUGAUGCUUAUUGGACCUCCUGGUAGUGGAAAAACUGUAAUAAUGGCAGAAAAACUGAAUAGUCUUUCAGAUGACUAUGCAGUAACUAACGUACCUUUCAAUUUUUAUACUACUUCCGAAAUGUUACAAAGAAUUCUUGAAAAACCCCUGGAAAAGAAAGCCGGAAGAGUAUACGGACCGCCAGGCAAUAAAACCAUGGUGUAUUUCAUUGAUGACAUGAAUAUGCCCGAGGUAGAUAAAUAUUUCACUGUUCAACCUCAUACUUUACUAAAACAGUACAUGGACUAUCAGCACUGGUAUGACCGACAGAAGUUAACGUUGAAGGAUAUACAUAAUAUUCAAUUUAUUUCGUGCAUGAAUCCUACAGCUGGCUCGUUUACAAUUGAUCCACGAUUGCAAAGACAUUUUUGUUCUUUUGCAGUAAGUUUCCCUUCAUCAGAUGCUGCGUUCCAUAUUUAUAAUCAGAUAUUGAGUCAGCACUUAGAUGCUCCCUCAAAUAAAUUCUCACCCAGUCUUGCCAGAAUAUGUCCAAUUUUGGUAACGGCCGCACAAACGUUGCAUGCAAAAGUAGCCACUUCAUUUUUGCCGACUGCGGUUAAAUUCCAUUACACAUUUACACUUCGUGAUUUGUCGAAUAUUUUUCAAGGCAUGUUAUUUGCCAUGGGACCGGCAAUUCCAAAUAUAAACACUAUAAUUAGAUUAUGGAUGCACGAGGCUAGCCGAGUUUAUGGAGAUAAAUUAGUAGAUUCUAUGGAUAUAAAAACAUUUGGGAAGUUAUUGGUUGAAACUGUUAAAAAAGGAUUUGAAGAGCUUGAUGAUAAUAUUAUUUUUGCUGAACCUUUAUUAUUCUGUCAUUUCGCACUUGGAAUUGGCGAUCCAAAAUAUUAUCCUUUGGAUGAUACAAGGCAUUUGGCAAAAUUACUUAACGAAGCUCUGUCUGGAUAUAACGACUUGGUUGCGGCUAUGAAUCUUGUGCUGUUUGAAGACGCCAUGGAUCACAUUUGUAGGAUUAAUAGGAUUCUAGAAUCACCGCGUGGUAAUGCUCUUCUUGUGGGUGUUGGUGGAUCUGGAAAGCAAUCUCUUACGAGAUUAUCUGCAUUUAUAUCAUCAUUCGACGUGUUUCAAAUUCAAUUGAAAAAAGGCUAUACAAUGGUAGACAUGAAGACAGACAUCGCUGCAUUGUAUAUGAAGUCAGGUGUGAAACAAGUUGGAAUUGUAUUUUUGAUGACUGAUGCUCAAGUCCCUGAAGAGAAGUUUUUGGUGCUGAUCAACGAUAUGUUAGCUUCUGGUGAAAUCAGUGAAUUGUUGCCUGACGAAGAAGUCGAAAACGUAAUAAACGCUGUAAGAGGAGAAGUCAAGGGUAUUGGACUCAUUGACACCAAAGAAAACUGUUGGAAAUUUUUCAUAGAUAGAGUUAGAAGAUUGCUAAAAGUUGUGCUGUGCUUUUCUCCAGUUGGAUCAACUUUGAGAAUUCGAGCGAGAAAGUUUCCAGCUUUAGUAAAUUGUACAUCUAUUGAUUGGUUCCAUGAAUGGCCGAAGACGGCCUUGGAAUCAGUAUCCACACGUUUCUUGGCAGAAAUUGAAACACUUCCUCGAGAUCUCAUUAAAUCAGUGUCUCUAUACAUGUCUCACGUUCAUACUUCUGUCAAUGACAUGUCCCAAAUUUAUCUAUUAAACGAAAAACGCUAUAACUAUACAACUCCUAAAUCUUUUCUGGAACAAAUAUCCCUUUACUCAAAGUUACUAACCGAAAAAACUCAAGGAUUAGUAUCAAACAUAGAACGCCUUGAGAAUGGUUUGGAAAAAAUUGCGACGUCUAAGGAAGAAGUGGAUAAUUUAAAAGUUGUUUUGGCCGAUCAAGAAGUUGAACUGGCAGCUAAAAAUGACGCAGCAGGCAAACUAAUCUCAGUUUUAAGCGCAGAAAAUGAAAAAGUUGCUGCAGAACAGGCCUUUGCAGCUGAGGAAGAGGCAAAAGUCAAGAUAAUCGAGGAGGAUGUAACAGUCAAGCAAAAAAUUUGUGCGGAGGAUUUGGCAAAGGCGGAACCAGCAUUAUUGGCCGCUCAGGAAGCCUUAAAUACUCUUAACAAAAAUAAUUUGACAGAAUUAAAAUCUUUUCCAUCUCCACCGGAAGCGGUGGUGGAUGUAUGUGCCGCUGUAAUAGUUCUGUUUUCUCCCAAAGGAAAAGUUGCAAAAGAUCGAAGUUGGAAGGCUGCCAAGGCGCUUAUGGGAAGAAUCGACAUAUUUUUAAAUGACUUAAUUAAUUAUGACAAAGAAAAUAUGAGUGCAGAUGUUGUAAAGGCUACAACUGAAUACACUAAAAAUCCUGAAUUUAAUCCGGAGAAAAUACGAGUGAAGUCGGAAGCUGCUGCGGGAUUGUGUUCAUGGGUCAUCAAUAUUCUUAAGUUUUACGAUGUAUUUGUCGUGGUAGAACCCAAAAGGAAAGCACUUGCCAAAGCUAAUCAGGAUUUGUCAGACGCUCGUCGUAAACUACAAGAACUUAACGAACGAUUGAAUGAAUUAGAAAGGAAACUGGGAGAACUGAGGGCUGAAUUUGAUAUAGCUAUAGAUGCAAAAUUGAAAUGUCAAGCAGAAGCUGAUGCAACAGCUCUAAGUAUUGACUUGGCUAACAGAUUAGUAAAUGGCUUGGCUUCAGAGAACGUCAGAUGGAGAGAGUUAGUGAAGACAUACAGAGAAAAUAUUAAAUCACUACCGGGUGAUUGUCUAAUAGUAACCUCAUUUAUUUCUUACGUCGGAUGCUUUUCUAAAAAAUACAGAACUGAUUUAAUGUUUAAGUCUUGGAUGCCAUUCUUUAAAACUUUAGAAGUACCAAUUCCAAUGUCGGAAACGGUAGAUCCUUUACAGUUGCUUACAGACGAUGCAGUUGUAGCUCAGUGGAAUAACGAAGGGUUACCUACUGACAGAAUGUCCAUAGAAAAUGCUUGUAUUUUAUGCAAUUCUGCUCGAUGGCCAUUAAUGAUAGAUCCGCAAUUACAAGGCAUUAAAUGGAUAAAAAAUAAGUUUGGGGAAGACUUAAAAGUAGUUCGAACAACAACGCGAAACUAUCUUGACAUUAUAGAAAUAUGUAUUUCUGAAGGAGAGAUUUGUCUUCUAGAAAAUAUUGGUGAAACUUUAGAAGCUGUUUUGGAUCCAUUACUUGGCCGUGUGCUAAUCAAGAAGGGACGAUUUAUUAAAAUGGGAGACAAAGAAGUUGAUUACAAUCCAAAGUUUAAACUUAUUCUCCAUACUAAACUGGCCAAUCCCCAUUAUAAACCUGAAAUUCAGGCGCAAGCUACAUUAAUUAAUUUCACUGUAACCAGGGAUGGUUUGGAAGAACAGUUGUUAGCCGAAGUAGUCAAAGCCGAACGACCGGAUUUAGAAACAUUAAAGUCUUCUCUAACUAAGCAGCAAAAUGAAUUUAAAAUUACCCUGAAACGCUGCGAAGACAACUUAUUAAACAAAUUGUCCUCAGCUACUGGAAAUAUUUUGGGGGAUGUUGAAUUGGUAGAAAAUUUGGAAACAACUAAGAGAACGGCAAGCGAAAUUGAAGAAAAAGUAACUGAAGCUAGGGUUACUUCGGUGAAAAUUGAUGAUGCUAGAGAACAAUAUAGACCUUGUGCUUGUAGAGCGUCUAUUUUAUAUUUUGUUCUGAACGAUCUUUGUCGAAUUAAUGCUAUCUAUCAAUUCUCCUUGAAGGCAUUCAGUGUUGUCUUCAAAGAUGCCCUGGCUAGAGCACCACCAUCCGAGAAAUUAAAAGAUAGAGUAGCAAAUCUGUUAGACAGCAUUACAUUUUCAGUGUACAUGUACACAGCACGUGGCCUUUUUGAAGCUGAUAAAUUAAUAUUUAAGGCACAGGUAACAUUCCAAAUAUUGUUGAACUCCCAAGAAAUUGACAUUGAAGAAUUAGACUUCUUGUUGAGGUUCCCUGCUAUAAGUGGGCUAACAUCACCAGUUGAUUUCCUAAAUAACCUAUCUUGGGGUGGAAUUAAAGCACUGUCGUUGUUGGAUAACUUUAAGAAUUUGGAUAAAGACGUGGAAGGCGCAUCGAAGAGAUGGAGAAAGUUUGUAGACAGUGAAUGUCCUGAGAAAGAAAAGUUUCCAGGCGAAUGGAAAAAUAAAACUUCUCUUCAAAAGUUGUGCAUUAUGAGGGCGUUGCGUCAAGACAGAAUGACAUAUGCAAUGAAUGUAUUUAUUGAAGAGAAAAUGGGUUCGAAAUAUAUUACUGCUAGAAGUGUGGCUUUUGAGAAAUCUUAUGAAGAAACUAGUGCUGAAACACCGGUGUUCUUCAUCUUGUCUCCAGGUGUCAACCCGUUAAAAGACGUGGAAAAGCUAGGCGAAAAAUUAGGUUUCACUUUUGAAAAAUCUACGUUCCACAGUAUUUCCUUGGGCCAAGGUCAAGAAAUCGUUGCCGAAAAUGCUAUGGAUGUAGCUGCCGAACACGGACAUUGGGUGAUUUUGCAAAACAUACACUUGGUAGUCAAAUGGUUAGCAACAUUAGAGAAGAAAAUGGAACAGUGCGCCGAAUUUGGCCACAAGAGUUACAGGCUGUAUUUGAGCGCUGAACCUAAUGCAGAUCCUAUGCAAUGUGUCAUCCCACAAGGCAUUCUCGAGUGCUCAAUUAAAAUAGUUAAUGAACCUCCAUCAGGGAUGUUUGCUAAUUUACACAAAGCUUUGGAUACAUUUACUCAAGAAACUUUGGAGAUGUGUUCAAAAGAGGCAGAAUUUAAAGCAAUUCUUUUUGCUCUGUGUUAUUUCCACGCCGUUGUGGCUGAGCGAAGAAAAUUCGGUCCACAAGGUUGGAACAGAAACUAUCCAUUUAAUAUUGGAGAUUUGACUAUAAGUGUUAAUGUGCUUUACAAUUAUUUGGAAAACAAUAAUAAGAUUCCGUGGGAGGAUCUGAGAUAUUUAUUUGGAGAAAUUAUGUAUGGUGGACACAUAACUGACGAUUGGGACAGAAGACUGUGCAGAAACUAUCUAAGUGAAUACAUGUCUAAUGAGCUCAUCGAUGGAGAUUUACAAUAUGCUCCUGGCUUCUUCGCUCCUCCAAACACUGAUUAUGACGGUUACCAUAAAUAUAUUGACGAAAACCUCCCACCUGAAAGUCCUUACCUGUAUGGCCUUCAUCCAAACGCUGAAAUCGGAUUUCUUGCUAAUAUAUCCGAUAAGAUGUUUAGAACAAUUUUCGAGAUGCAGCCAAAGGAUGCUGGUGCUUCAGCCGGUGUUGGAAUGAGUCACGAGGACAAAGUGCGAGGCAUGAUUGAAGACAUCAUUGAUAAACUACCAGAACCGUUCCGAGUGCGAGAAAUGAUGGCUAAAUUAGAAGAAAGAACACCAUACAUCAUUGUAGCUUUUCAAGAAUGCGAACGUAUGAAUAUGUUAACUGUUUUGAUGAGAAGAUCCUUAACUGAACUAGAACUGGGGCUAAAGGGAGAACUUACUAUUACUUCGGAGAUGGAGACAUUGGAUAAUGAAUUGUUUAUGGAUCAAGUACCCGACACCUGGGCUGCAAAGGCUUAUCCAAGUCUUCUUCCUCUCGGACAAUGGAUUAGCGAUUUGUCCAACCGCAUAAAAGAAUUAGAAGGUUGGACUGUGGACUUUUCAAUGCCUGCGACUGUUUGGUUGGGUGGAUUCUUUAAUCCACAAUCAUUCCUCACAGCUAUUAUGCAGCAAACUGCCAGAAAGAACGAAUGGCCCUUGGACAAGAUGUGUUUAAAUACUGAUGUUACCAAAAAACAAAAAGAUGACUUUACGUCGGCUCCUCGUGAAGGUGCUUAUGUCUCUGGAUUAUUUAUGGAAGGAGCAAGGUGGGAUCCACAGGCAAACAGCAUUGCUGAAUCGAAAUUGAAGGAGCUGUUUCCUGUAGUACCUGUCAUUUUCAUAAAAGCGAUUACUUCUGACAAACAAGAAACAAGGAAUAUGUACGAUUGCCCUGUAUAUAAGACUAGAAUGCGUGGACCUACCUUCGUUUGGACCUUUAUGUUGAGGACUAAAGAAAAGGCCUCCAAAUGGACUUUGGCAGGAGUUGCAUUGUUAUUGCAAAUUUAAAGAAAAUUACUUAAGACAACUUCUAAAAAAUAUUAAAAUGAUGGAAGUAAACUAGAGUAUGUAUAAUUAAAUUUGCAACAUUAACUUAGACAGAUAUUAGCUCGAUAUUUUAUGUACAAAUUUAUUUAAUUUUAUUAAUAGAAGUAUAGAAAAUAUUAAGUUUGAAUAAAAUUAACUAUUGUUAAAAAA